AUGUCUACAACAGCAGAAUGGGUCACUCCCUUAACGAGGCCUGAACUUAUCGAAAAUCUCGUCUCUGGUGUUGACCGUUACAACCCUUCAAACGUAUCCAUCCUCGAAGAUUACCUGUAUCACCAAAUCCGGAGUAACGAGUACGAUUGUCUAGCAAACCUCGCCAUCCUGAAACUUUAUCAAUUCAACCCUGCACUGUACAACCCCGACGUUAUCAUCAACGUCCUCAUAAAGGCGUUAACCGCCGUGCCUUUCCCGGACUUCAACCUCUGCAUCGCACUUCUCGGCGAACGUCCCGUCACCUCAAACCUCGACGAGCCAGACCCUCUCCCCGAACUUCUCCCAACUCUCACGAUCUUACACGACCUCCUCCUUCAAUGCCGAUUCCCCGCAUUCUGGACGCUAUUCAAGUCCGAAGAACUCGCAAGUUUGCGCGAGAACUAUACAGUCGAAUGUGCUGGGUUUGAGGACAGCAUACGGAAAGUGGCGAUAAAAGCAGUGAAGGCAGCGUUCAAGAAGAUCGGUGUAGACAGGUUGAGCACGUAUUUAGACCUCAAAGGCGAAGACCUAGUAGACUACCUUUCACACUUGGGCUGGGAAAUCAACGGUUCAGUCGUCUCUAUUCCACCGAAUCCUGACAAUCAAGUCGAGGCAACUGUAGUACGGGAGAAUAUACAGCUCUCUCAACUAUCGAAGAUCAUCGCUCACACUGCGAAAUCUACCUGA